AAUCAGUGACUAACUAUAGAAUUUUCGAUGAUUACAGAAAAAUGGUUAAAAUGAAAAUAAAGUUUUGACGGCUAUGGUCAAUCAACUUGAGGAAGUUGGGAUGGAUUUGUUACUGCCUGAGGAUCAGGCCAAGAUGGACAAAAUAAUAAGCUCUCCUGACUCAGCCAUAGAUAUGACCGACGAUCUAUCAGGCACAAAUAAAAUUAUGGUUCUAGACCUGCUAGACUCACUAAUAGACGAUGUACUGGUUCAAUGUAUCUCACCUCUAGAAAACUUGUUUUCUCCAGAGAAAUGCGCCGAAAUAAUCUACUCCCCACUGGGGGAGUCGGAGAGCACCUACUCCCCAGUCUGUGAGAGCACCUACUCCCCCCGGCGGAGAAAGAAGAAGAAAAAUAAGUUCUCUUCUUCUGAAAAGUGGGAACUCAUGAAAGAUUGUGCUCUUGUCGGCUGGAAACGUAUUCUAGCUCGUAACUCUGAUGUGGAUCGGGGCUGGGUUUUCAGCUUUGUUUCUCCUAAUGGAGUCAGAUUAAAUGCUAAGGAACUUGAUAAAUUCUUAAAGUUGCGAAAGCUCGAAAUCUCCGCCCUGUUGUUCCGUGAGGUGGAGUCGGAUGAACCCACCAUGAACCCUCAGGAGCCCGCCUACCCCCGUAAACAUGCCCGUCUACAGUUUGCCCAACCCUUGGAUAGGAUUAGAGAUCUGAGAUUACCUAAAAAGUUAGAAUUAGAAAAACGAAAGGCUAAGUUAGCACAGACAAGAAUGGAGAAUGCCACCAAACCUCAAUUUAAAAGUAUAACUGAGUUUCUGGCAAGCCUUGAGAGAUCUCAGUCUCAGAAUUCUAACGAGGGCAGUUGUAGCGACACAUCAAGGCUGGAGGAUUACUCGGAUUCCGAGCUGGAGCAACAACUCACAGAGUCGGAGGCCAUCUGCCUCAACCUUGUCCUCGAGUGUUUAGAAAAAGCCACCAAUUCUCAGAUGGAGACGAGCCUUGAUGAAUCCUCCAAAUAUUCGAAGACGGAUCUCGACAAUUCUUCUCCAGCAAACCUUGACAAUUCCAUUCAUCAUGCUGAAUCCCCGAAAAGUAUUGGCAAAUUAAAAAUACGUGUUGGGGAACCUAUUCAGAAGCUGAAAAUUACCCCAGAAAAACUAGGACUAAAAUCAGGAAAAUCCAAGAGUCCUGGAGAACCUCUCACGAUGCGAAUUGUAACGCCCAAAUCUAAGAAACGAUUAUUGCGAAACAAAAGCUCUCCAAGACUAGCAGCCGCCUCGGAUCAAACAAACUGUAUUUCUGCUUCACCUAUCACUAAAAAACAAUCACCCAAACGCUCAAAAAUUGUGAAGAAAUCCGCGGAAUUGAAUUCUGGCUUCUUAGGUCCAGAAAGUAUAGAUAAAUCCGGGAAAUUUGACUCAGACUCUCGUCGUAAAUACAGUAUUUUCAAAUCUCGCAACUCAGCGGCUAGUGCCAAGGUUUCUGUUCAAUUCACCGACAGUAACGUCGGGAAGAACCUGUGUAUUCGAGCCAAGAGUGAGACUGAAUCUUGUAACCCCCUGGAAUCCGGUCACUCGAGUGAGAUCGACCUGGUGGAGGACGAGUUCAGUGCUGAGCAGGGUACAUUGGUCAGUCCAAGCAAGGUCCAUGUUCUGACCAGCCCUAACAAUAAGCUCAGGGUUUUGGAGCAAUAUUCUCCGGAAAAAAAUAUCUCUCCGUCUGCAAGCAAAAAGCUUACCUUCGGCCUCCAUAGUCCAGUGUGCAAGGACGAAAUUAGACAGGACAGAAUAUGUUUGGAUGCCUAUGUGCUUGAUUUUAACCCGGAGAAGGUUAAAGUUGAACCUGAACCUGUACCUGCAGCUCCUAGACCUUGUCUCCGAACUCAUGGCAGAGUAAUAUCUUGUGAAGAUGCAAUCAAAGCAAUCGAUGCAGUUGUCGAUCUCAAGGAUAUUGUGUCUGAGGAUACAGAACAAAUAAGUUGUACAGUAGAGGUGCCUACUAAAACUCCAGUUCAGGAAUCUACCUCAUCUGAGCCAAGUAUUCCUCAUGAGGAAUCUACGUCAAAUCUACCAUCACCAAAUCCUCCCUCCCUACAUACUCCUUCCAUUCCCAUUUUAUCCCCGCAAACAAACCUUUCCCACCCCACUAAGGAAACUAGAAGAGAGAGCGGAGAAGGAAAGUUACUCCGACCUGAUCCAAUGAUGUCCCAACCUCUCUCCGUCCUAAUACCAUCAGAGGGAAAGAGUCGGAAGCGCACCAGUCCACGGAGUAAUAAAGGAUUAAAGGAGGAUUCAACCACUUCUCAAAGUCCUGUUGGCUCCGAAUGUGCCCGAUCUGAAGUCCCUGUCCCUGCUCCAGUCCCAGUAACUCCAGAGACCGCGACUGGGCGAAAAAUGCGCGAUUGUCGUAAAUUUAUUCAUUACGAGUUCUCCCCGCCAUUCGUCUCAGAUGAGAGUUCAACUGAUCAGUUCUCCCCGGUGCUGAAGGCCAAGAUACAGGAGAACACGGAGAUAGGGAAGAAGAAAGGAAAGCAGGGAGGGAAGAAAAAGAUGGAAACGGAGAAGAAGAAAGGGAAAACUGGAAAGGGGAAAAAUUUGAAUACUAAUUUUUCAAUCAGUGAUCUAGCGCAGAAGUUAUCGGAAGAUCACAUAAGUCCGAUCACAAGAGAGAGAGUUAGCUUUGUAAAUAUGGAGAGACGAAGAGCCAGUGUAGAUACCAAUUCAUCCAGGAAAGUUGAAUCGAAAAGAAGACUGAGUAGAAGUAAGAGUACUGAUGUAUCCUCAGGAACAGAUCAAUUAGACCAGGGACUAGACCAGCUAAAGCAGAAUCUUCGGGAGAGCCAGCUCCUGAUGCAAACUAUCCCGGAGAAACUCGCUAGUAUAAAGGAGGACCCUGAGCCGAACCCCACCCCGCUGGAGGUGGAUGAAGCUGGAACUUUGUGGGUUCGGAAGCGGGUAAAGGUUGUAAUCCAAUGUGAUCCUCUGGCACGUAUCAAGGAUUAUAUUCAUAAAUCCAAUAGUAAAGAUGAGAUAAACCCCAAGGAAGAGACGAAACCCAAAGAUGAGAUUAAGGUUGAGAAUUGUGAACCCGUGAGUUGUAUCCUGAACCCGGAGAAUCUGAACCUGCUGGACGGGUUGAAGGUUCUCACCAGGAUUGGUCGACAUUUUUAUCCGGGUAGAGCUAGAGCUGUGGAACCUCCGUUUAUCUUUGCUGUUAGUUUGGAGGGGGAGCGUGGAAAUAAACCUCAUAUAUACACGAGGGAGGAACUCUUGAACAAGGUUGUUAUUGAGGUUAAACCUGGAGACUUUGUCUACACCCAGCCUGGUACACGGAUCUGUACAUACUGGAGCUCUCAGCUGCAGUACCUCUACCCGGGUACAGUAAUCAGUAUACAGAAUGAUCUUGUGCAUGUUGAACUUGAUGAUGGCGAUGAACGUGAGGUUCCCCUCGACAGUAUUCGUCUGCUGCCCCCCUCCUACCCCCUGGUGCAGGGAGGGGGCGGGGAGGACCUCCUCUCACCCCUGGGGGAAGUUGAAGGCAGUACUCUCACAAAACUAACUGUACAGGAAUUGACGAGCCCUAAAGCUAAACCCAUUUCUUCCCUGUCUGAAGCCAGCCCUGUACCCAAGCAGAUCUUGAACAAGGAGAAAGGAAAGAAGAAGGUGAAGGAGAAAAAAGUGAAGACGGAAAAGGCCAAGGGAAAGGUUGGAAAAUCAAAACCGGCCCUAGUUCCCUUAGAAGAUGCUACAUUAGACGAGAAUUCUCUCAAGGAUGGAUUACGAGUCUUGUCCCGUAUUAACGGACACUUUUAUCCGGGUCGCCUUAACUGUAUUAAACCCCCGGAUAUAUAUGGAAUUUUACUGGAUAAUGAGCGUGGUUUUCGACCUCAUAUCUAUGCACGGGAGGAACUAUUAAAAUCGACUAUAAAAGAUAUCCGGAUCCGUGCUGAGAAACUCCCAGUUGGCACCAGGGUGUGUGCAUACUGGAGCUCAAAAUAUCAGUUCAUGCAUCCGGGAACUGUGGUUCCCCAUGAGCCUGGAUCUACUAAACACCAUGCUAAGUUUGUUAAUAUAGAACUAGAUGACGGGGACUCCAGGGAGCUAAACCUUGAAUAUGUUCGACUCCUGCCCCACAAUUACCCCCAGGUUGUAUAUCAGGAGGAUACAGUUCAACACUCCCCUGGGAAACGCAAGUCAAAACCAGUUUCUCCGUCACUGUCAGAAACUGUACCCAAGCCCGUAAAGAAAGAUGAUCCCAGGGUGGAAUCACCCAACCCUGUAAGUAAAAAUGAAGUUGAUCCUGACUCCACAAAGAUGAGUUCAACUCAAGAGAAGAAAUUGCUGGAACAAGAGAAGGCAGAGAGUCGAGUCAAAAAUAUCAAACCCUUGAUAGGAAAGAAAAUUGAAGUACCAUCUUCAGGUCCUGUAGAUCUGGUUGGACUAAUAUCUCAAGGGAUAGAUCGUUUGGUGGACAAGAAGGUUGGGGCAGUCAGACCAGAAAGAAGUCAGGGUGCCACGCAGCAACUUUCUCCAGGGUUCCCAUCCUUCCCUCUUCAAUCUAAUCCUGUGUUCCCUCCUCCGUCACCUCAUCCGUAUUCUUCUCAAAAUCAGCCUGGUUCAGUAUUUUAUCCAGGGACACCCUUUCAUCCAUCCCAAUCCCCCCAUCCAUCCCAGUCCCAUCAUCCAUCACAAUAUCCUCAUCCUUCCCAAUCCCCUCACCCAUCACAGUCCCAUCAUCCAUCACAAUAUCCUCAUCCUUCCCAAUAUGCUUAUAACUUACAAUCCCCUCACACUCCCCAAUCACCACAUCAUAGUUUUGGGUUUCACCAGCCUCUUUGGUAUCCUGGAACCCAGUACCAACAUCCUCCUGCACAGAGUCCUCAUCCAUCAUUUCCAGGUCCACUUCAUCAUUCUGGACAUCAGCCAUCUCAAACCCAUCCUGGAGCUUUUUCCUCUCAUCCCCCUUAUAUGCCACCUGCUCCUAAUCAUAUCAACCCUUACCCUCCUCAUCAACUACCUCCACCCUCUCCUGCCCUAAGUCAAUCAUCAUCAUCAUCAUCCCGGGGGGUUGUAUCACCUGUUCCCAGUUCAACCAACUCUGAACCUGGCCGGGAUGAUCAAGCAUCUAGUGAGGAUGAGGAAGACGAGCUCUCUUUAGCUAAACCUGAGACCGGACUGAAGGUGAAGUCUCGGCUUUCAGAUUUAAUUGCUGCUGUGUCUGGCAAAAUCUCCAAACCAUCAGAGCAACCAGAGGAAGAGUCCAAAGAAAAGGAAUCAGUUAACACCAAUUCUCUGCAAGAGAAAUGGAACUCUGUAUUCAAGGCAAAGAAGGAUUUUAAGGAAAACCUGAUCAGUGAUAAGUUUUCAAACCAUCAAAUUCCACUGGAGUUUGAAGAGGGUUAUCUUACAUCACAGCGACUUGUUCUUGGAACUAAGAUCCUAGUUCUCCAGGAUGGACUUCUUCUGCCAGGAAUUAUCUCAGGUAUGGAGGAGGAUGUGUUUAGUAUCUCCUUCAGAACCCUUGAGAACAGUGACAAGAUCAGUCAGUUUUCCGAGGAGGAUUUAUUUGCCACUUCAGUUCUUGAUAUAUCAGCUAUGUCAACAGACAAACUGAAGAGUGGGACCAGGGUGGCAGUAUUCCCAGUUCAAAACUCACCUCAUCUUGUCCCUGGCACUGUCCGCAAAGUGAUCAAUGCUUACAUCCUCCAAGUUACUCUGGACUCUGGACCAGUAAAAGAUAUUAAUUGCGAGCAUGUACGUAUAAUUCCGACAUCUUUUAUUCCAAAGAAAGUAUUUCUCAAUGGCUUCAACCAUAAAACCUGUGAAAAAGUCCCUAUCUCUAAUGCCUAUGGUUCUAACAAAAACAAACCUAAUAUCUUGCUUGGAUAUGACUUUGUUGAUACUGAUAAGUCAGAUUUACAAGCUCAGUGGGAGACUGCUAUCUCUAGAAAGUCGAAUAAGAAACCUGAAAAGAAACCUACAGAGACUGUAGCAGAAUCUUUGGAGGCAGUAGAGCAGAAGCCUAAACCUGAUCGAAAGCUAUCAAUCAACACUGAAGUGCAGAACACUCUGAACUCUAUUAUUGACAAUGUAACGGACGAGGAAAAAAUGAGACAGUCCUUGAUUUUUGGAGCACUCAAGAAAUAUUCUCCUAAAAAGGAAGUUAUCAAACCUGUCAAAUCUCCUCGUAGUGUUGAGAUACCCAAACCUAGGAAGAAAAAGUUAAAGUCCAGAGAUGAUAAAAAAGAGGAGAGUAAUGAAACUGAUGACCUGACCAAGGAGCUGUUGUCCAUUUGUAAAGAGUCAAAUAUUGAAACCCCAGAGAAAAACAGAAAGGUUGACGUUGUGAUUCCCCCCACACUGGAGCAUAAACCUCACAUUAAGGAAACUCUUAACCAUUUGGACAGGUCAGGUUUCGAACUGAAAAUAAAUCUAGUGAAAGACGCAGAAGCUCAGGUUGAUAAGGAGCAAAAAUCAGGAACUGGAGAAGAGAUUUGUUACUCAUCUGAAGUUGAACAAAGAAUGUUGCCCUGUAAUCAGGAACAUUUAGAGGAUAGUAAAGCUGAAGUUGAAGAUAUGCCUAUGAAGAAGGAAGAUAGAAGAGAACCCAAGAAUGUGGAUUCAACAACAAAGGAAGAAGCGCUCAACAAAUCCAAGGUUGAUGAAGAGGUGGUUAACAGUAAAAGCAAAACUAAGGUUGAUGAAGAGGUGUUAAACAGCAAAAGCAAAACUACAAUUGAUGAAGAGGCCAAGGUUGAUGAAGAAGACGUUAACAGGAAAACCAAGGUUGAUGAAGAGGCAGUUAACUGUAAAACUAAAAUCAAGGUUGAUGAAGAAGACGUUAACAGGAAAACCAAGGUUGAUGAAGAGGCAGUUAACUGUAAAACUAAAAUCAAGGUUGAUGAAGAGGUGUUAAACAGCAAAAGCAAAACUACAAUUGAUGAAGAGGCCAAGGUUGAUGAAGAAGACGUUAACAGGAAAACCAAGGUUGAUGAAGAGGCAGUUAACUGUAAAACUAAAAUCAAGGUUGAUGAAGAGGCGGUUCACAGUAAAACCAAGGAUGAUGGAGAGGCAGUUAACUGUAAAACUAAAACCAAGGAAAAUGAAGAGGCGGUUGACAGUAAAACCAAGGAUGAGGAAGAGCCGGUGACAAAUAAAAAGAAAACUAAGGUUGAGAAAGAGGUGGUAACAAACAAAACUAAGGUGGAGGAAGAGGCGGUAAUAAAUAAAGAAGAGAAUAAAGAAGAUGUGGGAAAAGAUCUUCUUAUAAAUAAGGAGCAUUUAUCACCUGUGAAUAAAGAGAUCAAUGAUGAUGAAAAUACAAAGAAAUAUUUGGAAGAUGUACAGGAUUCAAAAAACAAUAGUUCGAAAGAAAAGGAAAACCAAGCAAACCCAAUUGGUGAGGUGAAUGAAAAUGGAAAAAUAGAGCAAACGGAGGUGGGGAGUAAUUUGAUUGAAAAGAACUCGGAAGAAUUAAAAGAUUCUUUCCUGUUCCCUGGUGAGAAUGUGGUGCUUAAAAAUGCAUGUAACCAAGAAGAUCAAUUUGAUCUUAAAGAUGAAACGGUUGCCAAUGAUUCUCUUGAAAAAAAGCCAAGGGGAAGAAAAUUUCUCAACAAAUCUGACCUAUCAAAGAUAAACAAAACUAAAGAAAACGAUAAAGAAAUAGUAGAAGUUGAAAUAUUGUGCAAACCUGAUGAACUUAAAACUGUGGCUAAAGAUGACAUACCCCUUCCCUUCAAAUCCGGCCAGCUCAAACCAGAAAUUCAAUCUGAUUCAACCAAAUUAGAAAAUUCCACUUCUGAAGAUGAAGCACUCCAAGAUCCAAAUCCUGGCAAAGAAAAUCUCGAAGUCAACUCCACUAAAAAUUACAAGGGCCAUAUAGACGAUAAAACUUUCUACUAUGUUGACCCAACUUUCCCCCAGGGUUGGUAUGUCAAGGUUAAACUAAGAUCUGAUCUAACCAAGGCAGAUAGCUACUUUUACCCACCCUGCAACACACAACUAAGAUCAAAGGCAGAGAUUAUUAAAUUCCUCAAAGGAAACAUUAACAAGCCAAGUAAGAAACGACCAGGAUUGCCAAUUCAGAGAAUGCCAGCAAGGAAAGAUCUAGAUGAGAAGGAUUUUGUCUUCACCCUCAACAUUGAACCGGAAAUAUUUCAGACUAAAAGAAAGAAUGGAAAUAAGAAGAAGAAAAAGAAGAUUGAUUGUGAACGGCAAUGUAAUGAAAAAGAUGUACGUGAUAAUGGAAACCCGGGAGAAACUGUAGAAACCGGAAAGCCAGAUUCUGAGGAGAAUUGUUUCAAGGUUCCCACAAUGGAAAACCUGAGAAUGCUGAGGUCACGUAAGAAUGUAAAGAAUUCUAAAUCUCUAAAACUGAAAAAGAAAUCAGACUCUGGCACAGAAGAAAACAACCUCCAUAAGAACUUAAAUGUAAUAGAAGAUAAAUAUAAAUCUGAAAUUACAGAAGAUAACACAGAAUCGAAUUGUCCAGCAACUGUUCAUUUAAACGAGGAAGAUAAAUCUGAAGUCACUAUAUCUGGAAAUGCUUCUGAUGAAAAAAAUGAAACUGAGAUUAGUUCACAACCAAAGACAGAUCAAUGCAACAAAGAGGACGCUGAAGCCGCUAAAGAUGAUAUUAAGACAGAAUCAGAAGAAUGCGUGGAGAAUGAUAUUUCAGAUUCAUCUUUGCCCAUCAAACGCACUCUAAGAUCAGCAAGAGAGUCUAAGAAAAGGAAAACAAAAUCAGACAGCACUGAAACAGAAACUGAACCAACCCCUAAAAGGGUUUGUAAGAAAAGAGAGUUGAGGAGAACAAGAUCCAACUCUAACGCUGAAGAUAUAAAAACUGUAAAGGAACCCCCUAAAACAGGUGUGAUAGUUAGUGCCAUGAUUAAAACUGAAUCAGAAGAUACUGAACCCUUGCUAGAUUCCGCCACAACCGGUGAAAUAAAAGACGGCGGACAAAACAGCGAACAAACUUCCUCCACAAGUAAAGAGCAAACUAGUGUUGGAAUAAUUGCUAAACGUAAACCUCAUCAGCGACCUAAACUGCGAGGUCCAGCCUCUAAAAGAAAAUACUCUCUGACCUCCUCAGAAAGCGAAGAUGAUGAACCCAUUGAAAAACUUGUCAAAAAAGAAAAUGAGGAAACUCCUACCACCUUUGAAAUUGAUAUUCAUUCAGACUCCAUCCUCCGAACUUCAUGCUCAGCCUCCGUGGUAAAUCUCUUUAAUCGGAGACUAUUGGAAACCCCCUGCGGUCAUUGUACAGCCCCGGGUAAAUUUUCAGCGGAAAGUCUUGAGAUUGAUCUGCCUAGUAAUUUGAUAUUUAUUGAAUGCAAUCUCUGUAGUUGGACAACUGUCAGAAAGAUAUCAGUUCAGAGCAAAAUUAUUUGCUGAUUUUGAAACAAGUAGUUAAAAAUAUGAAGUCACUUCCAGAUAUUAUUUUUUGUUUAUCCAAAGACAUUGAUAUUUUUAGCACAAAAGUAGAUUAGUGUUCACUACUACCCUUUGAAUAAAAAAUUCUUUGUUGAACUUGAAUCAUUGGAACAAAGGGAUCACUCUAACCCAAUAUUUAAAUUCUGAUUAAGGUAAAUCAUUACAAUAUUAACAUGUGGAAUUCUGGAUUUGUUUUACUAAACCCAAAACCUCUUAUAACACAGGGUGACCGAUCAUGACUUACAUUUUGUAUUUUUGUUAUUCUUGUAAAAUUAGUAUUAGUUUUAUGUUCCUACAUCGUAAAAUACUCAUUACUCAUGUUGAAAAUAUGUAUUUACAUGUUAUGUCUUAUGGUAUUUGUGCCAAAAUAUAAAUAUUUACAAAA